AUGUGCGUGACACACAUCUAUACCGACUGCUACCCCAAGCGAACAGUCGAGUUUCAUCAAACAAUAGUCUGCCCUAAUGCAAAAGAUGGAAUCUCUUGUGCUGCUCUCAUCACCAACGAACAUCCUCCUCGCAUUCUUGAAUCCAACGACGAACUUUCCAGCAAAGAAUACCUCGACCAAGGACUUAAAGUACCUCCUACCGCCAAGCCUUCACCUCAUAAAUCUACAACAACAAGUACAUAUCGUUACUCUCCAGGUGACAAGAAAGACAAAUCGCCAGGUCGGGAACCUCGCCUUCGUCUUGUAAGAAAGAAAAGUGCUUUGGUCUCAGCUCUCACACCACGUCGCAAACAUCCUAAAGAACGUAUCGUUAUUGUCGAUGCACCAGAUAGUCCAGAGGGUUCCAAGGCUCUUCCAAAAUAUGCUCCAGAUUCACCCGCCACGGAAGAAUUCUACUCAAAGAACCUUUUGGUAGAUGAUCGUUCAACUUCAAGACGUAGUCCUAAUGGCAGCCUCAAUCCUGUUCGUACGGUCAUUGUAGAACAUCAUCGAGAUCAGAGGGAUCAUAGCAAGGAAAGAGAGAGACCUUUGAAGGAACUUCCAAUUAUUCUAGCUCCUGAACCUCCCUCGCGUUCACCUAGUCGUGAGAAGGCAUUGGUAGAUAUGCGUAUCCGUCGUGAGGAAGAAGAUAGGGAAAAAGAGAGACAAAAAGAAUAUGAGAGAGAUAAACAGAAUACUUUUGAGCUACUUCAUAAAGCAAGGAGGGAACGAAAGAGGGAAGAAGAGAGGGAGAGAGAAGAAAUGAGGAAAGCGGCAGAACUUGAGAGAAGGGAGGUCGAGUAUCAGAAAUUCUUGAGAGAUCGAGAACUAGAGCAAGAAAGAGGUAGGGAAGAAGAACUUCUUCGAGAAAGGGAAAGAGCUCGAUCUUCCGAUCGCAAAAGGGAAGAAGAAUUAGCAAGAGAAAAGGAGGAAGAAUUAGCAAGAGAAAGGGGAAGAAGAAGAAGAGAUGAUGAGCUUCGUAGAGCAGAUGAGCAUGAGCAAAAGAGAAGAGAAGAUCAACAUAGACGCGAGAGAGAAAUAGUGAAGGCAUUAGAUGAUAAAGAGAGGGAAGAAAGAAUGAGGAAGGCAGAGAUGUCGGAAAGAAAGGCAGCGGAUGAUGCAAGGAGGUUGGCGGAACAGGUUAAGGCAUUCGCGAAGGAGGAUGAAGAGAUUAGGAGAAGACCCUCUGUGCCUAGUAGAGGAAAGGAGGUGGAGAGAGGAAUCGAUAGGAGAGAUGGUGCAUCGAGAUUGAAAAAGGAGGAUGAUGAUAUGUAUGCUAGGUUGAGGGAGAGACAGGCAAGGGAUGAUGGGUAUGCAUCGGGGUUAGGGAGAGGGGCAAGCUUUUCAGGGAGGGUCGAUGGAGAUAGAGAGGUUUUGGAUAGGUUGAAGGAAAGGCAGAAGGGACCUGAGGAGGGUUAUAUGCCAAAGAGGAGGACUACUAUUGGUGGGGGAAGUGGGAGAAGGAGGGGAGAUGAAAGAAUCAUUUGGGAUGAUGGAGAAGGGGGGAGGGGAGGAAGAUGGUGA